AACACAUCUGUUCAGGAACAGAGAAGGAAGGCAGCGGGACAGAGCAGGCGAGUGCAAAGGAGGAACGAAGUUGUGAGCAAGUGCUGGCAUCAAUUCUACAAUUCCUCAACACAAGAGAGGCCACCAUCUCGGAUUCAGCAAAGAUGACGUCAUUGAAAUCACUUGACUAAGGAGGACUGAGAUUUGCAUAUCUCUAUCAACAGUAUUUUGUCAUAGUUCUACUAUUCUAAGCAGAUGAUGUAUACGCUCUCAGUAUGAUGGCGAUGUUUUGGACAGCAGUUGUCUUCUACAUGUGUGGACAUACAGUGGAAGUUUAUGGAAUGGCUGAUAAAGAUGCAUUCCCAACCACUUUGGCGAGCACGGUUACGUCUACUGCUUUACCCACCGUCUUACCCACAGAAGAUGAGAGCAUCAAACUUGUGGACUGGCUCACGAAGUAUGGAUACCUCCCACCCCCUGAUCCCUCUACAGGUCAGUUACAGGCCUGGACUGCUGUCACUCAAGCAGUGAAGAAAAUGCAGAGGUUUGCUGGUUUGGAUGACACAGGAGUGUUAGAUGAAGAGACUGUUCAACUGAUGCAGACACCCCGGUGCUCACUUCCAGAUGAUGAUGAUCAAACCAUUCAGACAUCGGCACUACACAGUGACGUGCAAAAUCAGAGGAUGAAAAGAGCAGCUUCUACCUGGACAAGAAGAAAUAUCAACUGGAGGCUGCGUUCUUACCCGGCAUCCUCUAAACUGUCCCGUGAAAUGAUUCGCUCCCUUGUGUACUAUGCACUCAGAGUGUGGGCCGAUCCAACAUUACUUGAAUUCCAUGAGGUGCGAGGACCAGAGGGGGCGGAUCUCCAGAUAGAUUUCUUGCGCGGUCCCCAUGGAGACGGAUAUCCCUUUGAUGGAGCAGGUGGAUCUGUUGGCCAUGCCUUCUUUCCAUCAGAUCCAGACAGGGCUGGUGGAGUUCACUUGGAUGCAGAGGAGAAAUGGGCCUUCAGACAACCAGCAACAGAGGGCACAGAUCUGUUCACGGUGCUGGUGCACGAGCUUGGUCAUGCCCUCGGACUGACCCAUUCAUCCUCACGCCAAUCUGUAAUGCGUCCAUACUACCAGGGGCCCCUAGGAGACCCACUACACUUCAGCCUGGGACAUCAUGACCUUCAACACAUCACAGCCCUUUAUGGUAAGAGGGGAAACCAUGUUCCAACUGACAGACCUCUUCUUGUGACCGAGGCUCAACUGCGUCCCCGACAUGGAGGAGUACACAGACUCACACACAUGUACAGACACGCUCACAGCCAUUUGGACAGUUCUGUGGAUCGCUGUAACACCAGUUUUGAUGCAGUUGCUAAGAUUCGAGGAGAGAUCUUCUUCUUUAAAGGGCAGAACAUGUGGAGAGUGAGCAGAGGUGGUCUGGUGUCAGUCAGGGCUGUUCCUGUACAGAGACUUUGGUCGGCUCUUCCUUCGUCACUUCCUCCACUGCAAGCGGUUCUGGAAAGACACACGGAUCAUGCCAUCAUCUUUCUCAGUGGUUCCCAGGUUUGGCUGUUUAAGGAUCUGUCACUCCAAGAGGGUUUCCCUCAGCCUCUGUCUACUCUGGCUCCUGAGGACUCAGAAGGAAGGUGGCAAGGAUUGCACUGGGACCCAAAGCAGGGUGUGGUGUGGGGGUCUGUGAAAGAAGAUGGAAAGAAAGGAGAGGAAAGCGAAGUCUGGAGAGAGCUCACUGAAGAAGGAGUGAAUGGAAUUAUCAUGGAGAAUGACGAUGAGAGAGAAAGGACUGGAGACUUUAAGGGUUCAACCUACCUUUUCAAAGGCAAUUCCUACUGGAAAUUUACUCACCCAGGCUCCGCCCCUGAAGAAGGAUACCCUCGGCUUCUGGCCACUGAUUGGUUGGACUGCCCUCAGCCGUCCUCUUACAGCCCCGGCGACAUCUCUUUGAUCUCUCACUAUGGUCAGCAGGAGCUUCGUGAGCAGAAAGGGCAAAGAAUAAUCGACCAGAUCAUUCAAAAAGAAAAAAACGAAAGAGAUAAACCUCUUCGCUGGGACUGUCCAUGUCUAAACAGUGCAGUGACUCAAAGUGGACCUAUUUUACUACUGUCCAUUUUAUUUCUGAUCACUGGGACUUGUUAUCCAUCACUUUAAUAUUUUCCACAUCCAAAUUUACACAGUCAUACUCCUUGACUUUCUAUCUCUGACUAAAGGAAGUGACUAAAAUA